UUUUUCCUAUUCAGAGAGAGUGAUGGCCAUUAGAAUUAAACCAAACCAAACCAAAUCAAACCCACUGCCAUCAAGUCAAUUCCGACUCACAGAUGAGUCAGAAAUAGACCCAGGGAAAAUAGGAUCACAAGGAUAUUCCUAGGUAGAUUAAAAUGUUAACAGACAAAAAUUAAACGUAUACCUUCACGUUUAUAAUUAGGUGUGGAAUUUCAAGAGCUCUGGAAAAGAUGUUGGUGUUAAAUUGUUCCACCAAAUUACUGGUACUGGAGAAAAUGUUGAAGAGUCACUUUCCUGAAUCACUCAAGGUUUAUGGAGCAGUAAUGAACAUAAAUCGUGGAAAUCCUUUUCAAAAGGAAGUAGUGUUGGAUUCAUGGCCAGACUUCAAAGCUGUCAUCACCCGGCGGCAGAGAGAGGCUCAAACAGAUAACCUGGACCGUUAUACUAAUGCCUAUGCUGUGUUCUACAAGGAUGUUAGGGCUUACCAACAGCUAUUGAAAGAACAUGAUGUUAUCAACUGGGACCAGGUCUUUCAAAUACAAGGGCUGCAGAGUGACUCAUAUGAUAUUUCCAAAGCUGUUGCCAACUCAGAGCAGUUGGAUGUAAAGCUGACUUCCUUCAAGGGGGUUCAUUUUUCCCCUGUUCCAACUCUGCCAGACAUCAGCUCCCUGAUGGGUUCUUCCCCACGACUAACCUACUUGAGUGAUGCAGAUGCUGAUCUAUUCAACCGGACUUGGUCGCGGGGUGGCAAUGAACAGUGUCUCUGGUACAUCGCCAACCUCAUCUCCUGCUUCCCCAGUGUGUGUGUCCGUGAUGACAGAGGAAGCCCAGUCUCCUGGGCUAUCACAGACCAGUUUGCCACCAUGUGCCAUGGCUACACCUUGCCAGAGCAUUGCAGAAAAGGUUAUAGCCGACUGGUGGCCCUCACAUUGGCCAGGAAGCUGCAAAGCCGGGGAUUCCCGUCUCAGGGCAAUGUCCUGGAUGACAACACUGCAUCCAUAAGCCUCCUGAAGAGUGUUCAUGCUGAGUUUUUGCCUUGCUUUCAUAGACUUAUUCUCACCCCUGCAACUUUCUCUGCCGAAGCUCACCUCUAG